UUGGUUUAAUGGGGAGGGUCCUUGGCCAUCUCUGGGCCCUAGUGAGAAGCCAGAGGAAUGCAGGCCUCCCAGGACACACUGCCAGCCCUGCUUGCUAGGGGCUGCAGUGGACCCGAUGGGCCAGUGGCUAGGCUGCGCUUGCGGCCUGGCUCUGGCUCUGGCUCUCAGCACCUCCUGGUGGGCCGCUCUGCAUGGAACUGGGCAGGGGAAGUGCCUGAGCUGCAGUGCCGCUGCCAGUGGCCCCUCCCUCCUUCCCUCUUCAGUUUCACUUUUGUUUUCCUCUCAGGCCUUCUGUCUGUGGGGCAGGCAAUAGGGCCUGGCUGAAGGCCUGGGCCCAGGGAGGCCGAGGGGGUGGCUGGGGACUGUAAGUGCUGCCUGCUGGGCGCCCACAAGGAGGGGAGCAGCAGAGGAGGGAGCGGCCUGGGGAGGCAGGCGGGUGGAGUGGCUGCUUCCUGACCCACUCACCCCAGGCCCAGGGUGCCGCGAGGCCCAUGGCUCUGCCGGAGGCAGAGGUGGAGGAGGGGGCGGUGGAGCUCUGGGCACUGCCCCCUGACUUGCCCAGCGAGCUGCUCACGCUCUACUUCGAGAACCGCCGUCGCUCUGGUGGGGGACCUGUGCGGAGCUGGCAGAGACUUGGCAGAGGGGGGAUCGUCACCUUCCAGGAGCCAGCAGACGCCCAGAGGGUCUUGGCCCAAGCAGAGCAUGAACUACACGGUGUGCGACUGAACCUGCGGCCAGCCCCGCCACGCGCCCCCACACGCCUGCUGCUUCAAGGGCUGCCCCCUGGCACUGCCGCCCUGUGCCUGGAGCACCACGUCCAGGCCCUGCUGCAUGCCUCUGGGCGCCCCGUGCUGCCCUGUCGCAUCCUGGCCAGCCCCCGGCCGGACCGGGCCCUGGUGCAGCUGCCCAAGCCCCUUUCUGAGGCAGAUGUCCGUGCCCUGCAGGAGCAGGCCCAGAAUCUGGGCCUCGAGGGAGCCCCGGUGUCCUUGGCCCCAGUGCCCCAGGCCCGAGCUGUACGUGUGCUGGGAGGCACGGCUGCUGCAGACCUGCUGCUGCUGGAGCUGUACCUGGAGAGUGAGCGCCGCAGUGGUGGGGGGCCUCUGGAAGACCUGCGCUGCCUGCCCAGGCACCUGGGCGCCAUCGCCACUUUCCAGCACUGGCAGGUGGCUGAACGGGUGCUGCAGCGAGACCACAGGCUGCAGGACUCGGAGCUGACCCUUGUCCCCCACUACGACUGCCUGGAGCCCGAGGAGGAGCUUGCGGAGGGUACCAGUGGAGGGAACCAGCCAUCUAGGCUGGCGUCUGGGGCCACGGAGCUUGCCGUGCCAGAGGCUGGAGUGCUAGCGGGAGUGCUGACUGGUGCAGAGGCCGUGGCAAUGGGCGCUGGGGAGGCACUGCAGCCUGUGAGCCCUCCAGGCCAGGCUGGGGCGGUUAGCUGGGGGCCCGCAGGCUCUCUGGAGCAGGACAGGCUGGUGAGCCCAGGGCCUGUGGGAUCUGCAGACCCGGUGGGCCCAGUGGAGAUCCCUGCAGAGUUUCCGGAGCUGCUGGAGUUGCCAGGGCAGGAGGGCCUGGUGAGCCUAGCGGACAUUGCCAAGCACUCACCAGAGAAGGCGGGGCUGUUGAGCCCAGGGCUUGUGGGGCAGGAGGGCCUGGUGGAGAAGGUGUUGUCCAUGGAGCCUGGGGCGAUGCGCUUCCUGCAACUCUACCACGAGGACCUUCUGGCCGGCCUGGGAGACGUCGCUCUUUUCCCAAUUGAAGGAACAGAUGUGACGGGCUUUCGACUGUGUGGAGCCCUGGCCCCGUGCCAGGCAGCUGUGGAGUUCCUGCAGAGUCUGCUGGGCAGCAUUAGCUGCCACAUGCUCGACCUGAAGCACCCGGGCAGUGCGGCGUUCCUGCUGGGCCCGGAGGGGCAGCACCUUCUUCAGGGGCUGGAGGCUCAGUUUCAGUGUGUCUUUGGGACAGAGCGUCUGGCCAGGGCUGCCUUGGACACAGGCCCUGAAGAGGUGGACCCCACUGAAGUUCUCCAGUUUCCCCCUGGCCACAGCCCUACCCUGUGGCCACCAGACAGCACAGGUGGUGACCAGGAGAGUGUGAGCCUGGAGGAGAUCCGAGAGCUGCUGGCUACCCUAGAGGGCCUGGAAGGGGAGGACUGGCUGCCUCUGGAGCUGGGGGAGGAGGCGUCCAAGGAGGAGCCGAAGGAGCCAGAGACUACAGGGCACGAGGAGGCGUCACCCAGGACUGGGGCAGCUGGAAGGCUACAAGAGGAGGCCACGCUGCAGCUGGCCCUGCACCAGUCGCUGGAUCCUCGAGGCCAAGGGGCCAAGCAGGAGGCAGCUGCACUGCAGCAAGCUCUCGCCCUCUCCCUGCUGGAGCAGUCCCCAGCAGAGGCGGGGGAGCCGCAGGGCCCAGGUGGCAGGGCGCAGCUGCUGGUGCACGUGGGUUUUGAGCAGGACAUGGAUGAGCUGGACCAGGCGCUAGGUGCUGCCUUGGAGGCUCACCUCCGGGAGGAGACGGUGGGGCCUUGUGGCCGCCUGCUGCCCACAGAGCUGCGUGCUGGCCUGGAGCAGCGCCAUGGUGUGAGUGUUGGCCUGCGUGGGGACCGUGUCAUCCUCCGCGGCUUUGGGGCCCAGCCCGCCCGGGCAGCCCGCCACUUAGCUGCACUGCUGGCUGGCCCUUGGGAUCUGUGCUCGGCCUCCCCAUUGGCAACUCCAGGAGUCCCCCUGCUGGAGCAGAGGCAGAAGGGACCCUUGGGCAGGCUGGAGAGUCUGGCAGCGAGCACAGGGGAGUUCCAGGAUGUGGUGCAGGCCUUCUGUGACAGCCUGGACGCCGCCCGCGGCGGCGCAGGCCGUGCCGGAGAUCUGCGCGCACGGCUCCAACUGCAGCUUCUGUGGCCGCAACGGCACGCUGUACGGGCAGGGCGUGUACUUCGCCGCGCGCGCCUCCCUGUCGGUGCAAGACCGCUACUCGCCCCCCAACGCCGACGGCCACAAGGCGGUGUUCGUAGCGCGAGUACUGACAGGCGACUAUGGGCAGGGUCGCCAGGGUCUGCGGGCGCCCCCUCUGCGAGCCUUCGGCGACGCGCUCCUACGCUAUGACAGCGCCGUGGACUGCCUGCAGCAGCCCAGCAUCUUCGUCAUCUUCCACGACACCCAGGCGCUGCCCACCCACCUCAUCACCUGCGAGCACAUGCCAGGCGGUUGUUCCGGAGACGGCUUCGGGCUCUCGGGCCCUUCCCCGGACACCUGACGGCACAGGCGCCCGGCCGCGCCGCUCCGAACCGCCUUUCUGCCCCUCGGGUCGCCCCUGUUUCCUGCGGAGACGCGAGGUCUGCUGAGGACUGGGACUGGACCCGGCCGGGCGACCACCAGGGGUCAGCAGAGCCCAGGAGGCGGGCGGGCCGGCCUGCGGGAGCGGUUCCGCGGUUGGAAUAAACGGGUGGAGCAGCA